AUGAGGACCGUGUUUAGGAACAGAGCCAUCCUGUGGAAACCACGCAAGGUGAGGCCAAAUCUUAAGAAAAACAGCUUUGCAGGUGCCUAUCUUCCCAGACUGACAGCUGGCUUGGAUGGACAGGUGGCUGUGUGGCCAGGAAAGGAGCCUAUGAGAGAAGCAAAAUUCAUCCAUGUUGGAAGUCUCAAUCCCAGAGGGGUGUGUUACACAGCUCUCCUUCUCCGGCCUGGCCUGCCAUAGGACUUCCGCCGGAAGUACGCCAGAGGGAAGCUACUUUGAGACCGUUACGGUUCCCUGGUCAGAGCUAGCCAUGACGAGGACUUCUACGUGCAUAUACCACUUUUUUGUUUUGAGCUGGUAUAUUUUCCUCAAUUUUUAUAUCUCACAACAAGUAAAGGAUCGGCGGAAAUCCGAAGUCUUUCUAAAUGGUGGACAAUGGAAGUACUUAACAUUCCUUAAUCUGUUCUUGCAGGCCAUUUUCUACGGGGUGGCCUGUCUGGAAGAUGUGCUGAAAAGAGCUAAAGGGAAAAAAGACAUUAAGCUCAUAACUGCCUUCAGAGACCUGCUUUUCACCACACUGGCUUUUCCGAUAUCUGCAUUUGUAUUUUUGUCAUUCUGGAUCCUCUUUCUCUACGAUCGAGAACUCGUUUACCCUGAGGCCCUAGAUGAUAUCUUUCCAGUGUGGCUGAAUCAUGCAAUGCACACGUCCACAUUGCCCUUCUCUCUGGCUGAAGGCAUCCUCAGGCCACACUGCUAUCCACUGAGGAGGAAAGGACUCGCCUUGCUGGCUGCCGCUAGCCUCGCUUAUGUCAGCAGGGUUCUAUGGAUCUACUCUGAGACGGGUACAUGGGUGUAUCCCGUGUUUGCCAAACUCAGCCCAGUGGGUCUAGCAGCCUUCUUCUCUCUCAGCUACGUCUUUAGCGUCGGCAUCUACCUAUUUGGAGAGAAGCUCAACCACUGGAAAUGGGGUGACACGAUGCAGCCAAGGAAGAAGAGCAAGUGAUUAGACACUAUUUUCCAAGAACUAAGGAAGAAGAAAACAGGAGAAUUUUUUUCAUCUUUUUUUCUUCCUGGUGCAGGGAGGUGGUGGAGCAACAUAGGAAGGUAAAAAGGACAGGGAAUGAUAUUUAAAUUUAAUAAGAGAGUUAUGAAGGUAGCUGAAUUUGAGGACUCUUGCUUUUUAAAAACUUUUACUGGACACACCCAAAACAAUUCCUGCUGUCACAGAAUUUGUUACAUCCGUCUGACCUCUGUGGAGGAUGGUCUGUGGUCAACAUCUGGCCAAAAGCCAAAGAAACUCACGUAAAUGUGGUGUUAGAGAAUGUUUAGAGAGAGAAAGGAACUUAGGAUCAUCCAAACUAUUCACUUUACAGAGGAGGAUGCUGAGGACCUAGAUAAGAAGUUACCUGCAUGAGGCCAAAGAAUUAGCGUCAGAACCAAAAUAAAAGCUUUUGUCUCCCAUAUCUUCUAACUGCCAGUCCUGGGCCAUUUUUGAAUAAUCCCAAUUUUCCUAAAAAGAGGCACUUUCAUAAGCUAGUUAUUUUCAUGGAUUUCUCAUCUAUUUUUUUCUCAGUCUAAAUGGAAAUGUAGGGAGAUGGCUGCUUCUGAAGUUGUCUGUCUACCUAGUAUAAUAGCAAAUUAACUGGGGCAAUGAGAAAAUAAGUUAUUAAAAAUAUUGGUAGCGCUUCCCUGGUGGCGCAGUGGUUGCGAGUCCGCCUGCCGAUGCGGGGGACACGGGUUCGUGCCCCGGUCCGGGAGGAUCCCACAUGCCACGGAGCGGCUGGGCCCGUGAGCCAUGGCCGCUGAGCCUGCGUGUCCGGAGCCUGUGCUCAGCAACGGGAGAGGCCACAACAGUGAGAGGCCCGCGUACCGCAAAAAAAAAAAAAAUUGGUAAACCUGUCCCUCUUGUGAGCAAGCAUUUGGGGCAGGUAAACAUUGAACACGGUGAUAUUGUCAAAAUCUCUUCCAUUGGUACACUGAUUAAUUUGUCAAAUAAAUGUACAUUUUACUUGGGGAAUAAUCUGGAUGGGAA